ACCGGUUUGAGUUGAUGUCAUCGGACAACUAACCUCCGCGUUCGGACUAUCUCUUAUCUUUAUUUUAGUUUUCGAAUUUCUUGCUACAGUGAUAAACAAAGCAGGUGUUUACGUGAUUUGUCCUGAAUUAAAUUAAGCGCGGAAAUAGUGUUUACGUUUAGAAUGUACCUGAAGAAAAUGUGUAAUGAAACGGAUUUUUGUUUAAAAUGUAGAUAAACUGUUGUAAUUUGAUUAAAAAGUGAAUUUGUGGUGUUUGUGCGCGAAUGUUGUCGUAGGAUUGCCAUGUCCAGGCUCGUCGACUACUUUGUUAUAGUGGGAUUCGACCACGAAAAAGAAAGAGGCGGCCUGAACAGCGGCGUUGUCCUCCAGCGAUUUCCCGAAACAAACUGGGACGACGUACCAUUUCACGACGGCAUAGGAUGGUUUUGUCAGCCGCAAGGAUGGGCUCUAUCGACGGAACGAACGGAGCCGCGGUUCUACGUGUCCGUGCUGACGGACGUGGACGCGAACCGUCAUUACUGCGCUUGUUUGUGCUUCAACGAAACUGUUGCCAUCACGCCAACGAAACCCGCAGACGAGGACGAAGAGUCCCUAGAUUCCUCAAGACCCGUAGCAAACAUCACACAUCACAGCAUUAUGUACGCGCCGAAAUGUCUUGUUAUAGUUUCACGUCAGGACUACAUAGAUACCUUCAGGAACUGCUUAGGCAUAAUAUACACUGUCUGGGUAGAGAAUCUGGGCGUGCCUCUCGAGACGCUUGUCGGUAAUCUGGUGGGUGGCGUGUUAGUACCUGAACCAGGGGGACCGCAGGUGCGCUUCAGUAUCGGUGCCGGGGACCGACAGGCUCUACAGCCGCCCGCAGCACCGCCCAUGCCAGUUACACACACCUCCGUUUACAUGCUGCUUCGGCUGUUAGGUAUACACAACGCAGUGACGCUGUGGUGUGCAGUAAUGAGCGAGCACAAGGUGUUGCUCGUGUCGCUGGCGGCGGCCCGGCUCGCCGGCGUGUGUCGGGCGCUGGCGGCCCUCAUGUUCCCGUUCCGAUACGCGCACGUGUACAUACCGCUGCUGCCCGCCGGCCUGGCCGAAGUCCUGGCGACGCCGACGCCCUUCCUCAUCGGCGUACAUUCUAAUUUAAAAGAGGACGUUUCCGAAUUGCUAGACGUCAUAGUAGCGGACUUAGACGUCGGCUCUCUCCACGUUCCAGCGGGUGUGAACAUUCCACGACCGGAAGGCAAGCUGUUGUCGUCGCUGCAGAACGCGUUAGCUCUGGUGUUGCAGCCGGAACUGCGUUCGGCGGAUUCGGCCUUCGCCCCGCCGCCGCCCUCCGCCUCGCCGCCGCACAUGCUAGACAAGGAGAUCAGGGCGGUGUUCAUGAGGACCUUGGCGAAACUGUUACAAGGCUACAGACACUGCCUGACGCUGGUCCGCAUCCACCCGGCCCCGGUGCUGACGUUCCACAAGCUGGGGUUCGUGGGGGCGCGCGGGCUGGCGCAGUGCGAGUUCACGGCGCGACUGCUCGACUCCAUGUUCUUCUCCGGGCUCGUGGCUGAACGAGGCCCUCCAUGGAGACCGGUCGACCUCUUCGACGACUUGCUACAAAAUCUCCCGGAACAACUAAGACUAGAAUCUCUGAAUCCCGAAUUGGAACUACAACAUAUACAGGAUCUCGCGAUGCAGUUACAUCUCAACGAAAAUCCUAAUCCGCAGCCGUUUCAGCAAAGAAUACUCCGGCCGCCAGAGGGCGCGUCGUCCCGCAUCCACCAGCCCCCCCUCCCCGCCAUCGACGCGCGGAAGGUGCGCGACGUCAUGGACGAGGUCUCGGCCAGAAGUGCCAAUAAUCCCAAGUUAACAGCACUCCGGCCGCCUCAGCCCAGGAUAGUUUCGCUGUCAGCCCCUCCGACGGGAGCCGUGGAGCACAACCAGCUGCCGCCCACUAAUUCGGCCAGGAGACUUGAGGUGCUGAGCGCGUGCGUGGCGGCCAUAUUCGAGUGUCGGUACGCGGACGGGCGUAAGUCUGUGGCGGGCGUGGUGCGCGCGCUGCGGGCGCCGGCCGCGCGUGCCGCGCUCGUGCGGGACCUCGCCGCCCGCCUGCCCACCAACAAGCACCUGCUGCACCACCACCAGUUCGAGCUCGUCGUCAGAUUAAUGAACUGCGCCUUGCAAUCGACAACGGCCAUAGACGAGCACUCGAUAGCGGCGGCCAUGUUGCCGCUCGCGACCGCCUACUGCAGGAAACUCUGCACCGGAGUCAUUCAGUACGCGUACAUGUGCAUACAGGAACAUCCGGUAUGGACGAGUCAACAGUUUUGGGAGGCGGCUUUCUAUCAAGACGUGCAGAAGGACAUAAAAGCGUUGUACUUACCCAGUCCUACACAUCACCCAAGAGUCCCUACUCCAAGGGACGACGAAGAUUACAUAUCUUUACUAAAAGCUCAAGAGCCGAGCGCUUUAGAGAUAGCAGCCGAACAGAUGAGAUUAUGGCCGAGUUUGUCACCAGAGAAACAAAAAGAACUAAUAGCAAGCGAGGAAUCCACUUUAUACAGUCAAGCGAUACACUACGCGAACAGAAUGGUUUACUUGUUACUGCCGCUAGAGGGCGCCGGGAGGAGAGCCGAUGUCCGAGGCGACGAUGUCGACAGAGCCAGCAAUAGUAUCACCAACAGUGUCGCAGAAUCAGACAGCGUGGACGCCGAAUCAGGCUUCGAGGAGGCCGACCCGGGGGAGGCAGGCAAUAACGUUAUCAAAAUGGUCUCGAGAUUCGUUGAUAAGGUGUGCACCGAGGGUGGCGUGACGGCGGAGCACGUGCGCUGCCUGCACCAGAUGAUCCCGGGCGUGGUGCACAUGCACCUGGAGACGCUGGACGCCGUGGCGCGCGAGAGCCGCCGCCUGCCCCCCGUGCAGAAGCCGCGCAUCGUGUCUCCGGUGCUGGUGGGCGGCGAGGCGGUGUCGGGCCCGGCCCUGCGCGCCUACCUGGUGUGCGACGGCCGACCCUCCUCGCUGCUGCCGGCGGAGGGCGCGCUCUUCCUCACCAACUACAGACUCAUUUUCAAGGGAACGCCCACCGACCCUUUCGCUUGCGAGCAAACAGUAGUUCGUUCGUUCCCUUUGUGCUCGCUGACGAGGGAGAAGGCGAUACGGACGCACUACAUACCGCAUCUAGAACAAUCGCUGCAAGACGGCCUGCAGCUCAGAUCCGCAACAUUCCAACUCAUUAAGGUAGCUCUAGACGAGGAGGUGAGCAGCGAGUUGACGGAGAGCUUCCGCAAGCAGCUGGCGCGGCUGCGGCACCCGGAGCACCCGCUGCUGCACUUCGCGCUGACGCCGCGCCCCGUGCCGCCGCCCGCGCACCACCAAGCCAAGCACAACACUUUAAAAGGUUUCGCGAAGAAGACCUUAUUGAAGACAGCAAGGAAGGCCGGCUUGAAACCCAAGCCUUCGAAACGGCAGAAGUACGUGCUGCCCUCUGCGGACGCGAGGUCACUCACCUCCCCCCCACUCAUGUCUUCGUUAUCCGCUGACACUCUAUCUUUGGAAGAGUUAGAUCUCGGUAGCAGUGAGCCGACGGAAGCUCCCGCAGCCCGGACGCUGGAGAGGGUUCGGGAACGUAUCUACGCUAAAGAUUGGGCCAGACUGGGAUUGGCCUCACCACCCUUCAGACUCGCGCAUGCUAACGCUGUGUACACUCUUUGUAGAAGUUACCCGGCAGUGAUCCCGGUCCCGGAGAGCAUCGGCGACGAGUCGCUGCGGCGCGUGGCGCGCUGCUACCGGCAGGGCCGCCUGCCGCUCGUCACGUGGAGACACCCGCGCACGCACGCGCUGCUCGCCAGGUCUUCGGCGUCACAUCACAAAGGAGUGAUGGGUAUGCUGAAGGCUACCCAUCAAACCCAGGGUACUACCCAAAGUGGAACGGAGACUACAUCCAGCUUAGAACAGGAGCGGUACAUAGCAACCCUAGUAGCGUGCACUCCGGCGUCGCGAGGCGACCUCGAGGACUCCAACCUGAGCUUGGACUCGCUCCUGUUGUGCUGCGAUGAACAGCAGCCUACCCACACGCCUUUGUUGACCAAGGCCGCCGGGACCCUGAGCGUGCUACGUAACAGCGGAGGGAAGGGCGGCGGCACCAGCGGAGGCCGAGCCUUCGGUCGCUGGGGCUCGCUCAAGGACCGGAGACAACCCUCGCACCUCGAGCUGUACGCGCCCAGACAGAGACUCUCCACGGCGGACCUCGACUCCAUGUCGGCCGAGGGCGGCGUGACGCGGCGCGCGGCGCUGUACGUGGUGGGCGAGAAGGGGGCGGGCGCGGGGUGCGCGGCGGGCGCGGAGGCGGUGCCGGCCGACUACCCGGAGACGCGACACACGCGACACGCCUUCAAGAAGCUCAUGCGGUGCGCCGUGCCCUCCGCGCCCGCACUCGACCCCACCACCUUCCUCAGACAAGUGGAAGAGUCUGGCUGGUUGUGGCAGCUCCGACAAUUGUUUCAACUGUCUGGUGCUGUGGUGGACUUGUUAGAUGUGCAAGGUUCAUCUGUGCUGCUAUCCCUGGAAGACGGAUGGGAUGUCACUGCACAGAUAUCAUCGUUAGCUCAGAUCUGCCUGGAGCCCUACUACAGGACGCUGGAAGGGUUCCGGAUCAUCGUCGAGAAGGAGUGGCUGGCCCUCGGGCACAAGUUCCAGCAGCGGUGUAACAUCGGAGCCACACCGCAACAAGGCUUCACACCCACAUUCCUCAUGUUCUUGGAUGCUGUACAUCAGCUACAGAAACAGUUCCCGCUGGCGUUCGAGUUCAACGAGUACUACCUGCGGUUCGUCGCGUACCACAGCGUGUCCUGCCGCUUCCGGACCUUCCUGCUGGACAGCGAGGCGCAGCGCGCGGAGCUCGGCAUCACCGCGGCCGACGACAAGCGCGCCGACACCAACCGACUCGGCGUGGAGACGGGCGCGGGGGUGGAGGAGGAGGCAGGCGGGGGGCGCGGGCCGCCGCUCGGCCACUCGCUGUUCGACUACAUCGACAAGCAGCACCAGAAGUCGCCCGUCUUCUACAACUUCCUCUACACGCCCGACCUCGACAAUCCCGUCCUUCGUCCUGUUUCGUCUAUAUGUGCAUUUGAAGUGUGGGGCUACUACACUAGCGAGGAACUGUCCCACGGAGCCCCCUACGACUUGGAAGUGUUGUCGUCCUGCGAACAGGACGUGAAACAACCGCAGAGGAGGGUCGUCACUGCUGGGUACGACAGUAUAAGUCGUUGCAUGCCGGACUCGUUCACCGGUCUGCUGGAGAGGAUCCGGCAGCUGGAGCUGGAGCUGGGUCACCUACCUCAGAAGUGGAAGGUCAGAUGGGAUCAGCUCGAACUACCCAACACUGUGGAGCUACAGCGCGCGGGAUCCGUGUGCGGGUCGGCGGCGCGCGCGGCGGCCGCGUGUGCGCACCGGCGGGACACGCUGGAGGUGCUGGUGCGGGGCCGCCUCGCCGCCGCGCCGCCCCCCGACCCCGCGCACCGCUUCCUGCCCGCCGCCGCCGCCGCGCCCGCGCGCUGCGACCACUGCCACCACCUGCUCUGGGGACCGCUCAAGACGGGCGUUCGUUGCGUGGACUGCGGCGCCGCGUGUCACGAGCGAUGCGCGGAGACGUUCGCGCCGCCCUGCACCAAGUACAAGGCGCCCGCACCCCCCGACCGCGACCUGCGCCCCGCCCUGCACGACAGUGUCGGCACGCUACAGUCUUCCUCUCAACAAUACUAUGAACAGUUCUCGUCGAACGUCGCUGAGAACAGAACGCACGAAGGGCAUCUCUACAAGCGAGGCGCUCUACUCAAGGGAUGGAAACAAAGAUGGUUCGUGUUGGACUCGAUAAAACAUCAGCUACGAUACUACGAUGCGAUGGAAGACUCGCACUGUAAAGGAUUCAUUGAUUUAGCGGAAGUGAUAGCAGUGACGCAGGCCACUCCGGCUCCCGGACCGCCCAAGAAAUGUGAUGACAGAUCAUUCUUUGACUUACGCACAAGUCGACGAACGUACAAUUUCUGCGCGAGCGACGCCAACGCCGCGCAGGAGUGGAUCGAGAAGCUACAAGCUUGUCUGCAGUGAACACGUGACGAUAGAUUAUAUUUUUAAUAUAUUUUAAUUGUCGAUCGAUACGGACUGGGCUCAAUGAUAAACUAAAUUAAAAUAAAAACAACUAAAAGGACAACAAAACUUUAUUCUGAAUUAUUUAUAUCGAUGCGCAACCGUCCUAAUAUGUUUAAUGGAAUGUAAUAAGGUGUGAUGGCGGUCAUACGUAUAGUUCACGUUAUUAAAACUACUGCUAUGGUAUAAUGUCGCGUUUAUUUGUUGUCAUUAUAUUAUUCCUGAUCUUUCGAAUUUUCAAUAAUUUACAGUUUCCCACGUUCAAAUGUUUUAAGACGGUGACACUUAUAGUUGAUGUAUGAUGAUGCGACCCAUGGGAUACGAUAACAUAAUUAUCGACAUAACGCUUUCAAUUAGUUUAAUCCAUUUUUUUAUAUUGAUGUUUAAUUAAAAUAAUUCAAUAUUUUACAAAGUACAUAUACAUUUAAAAUAAGAACUAUAAAUGUUUAACGUUUGACGGCCAUUUCGUGUAAUUAAAUGUGUCCAAAAUGGCGUCUACGAUUUUACAGUUUAAAAAUAAAUAAAAUAUACAAUUUCUCGCGAUACCAUUCCUGCGCUGCGGUCAAUCCCGUAAAUAAAUUUGGCCGAAAAGGUUUGAAGUGCAAACUAACUAAAUUUGAAGACAUAUCCUAUUGUAACGAAAAAAAUAUAUUCUUUCUUUACUGUAGAGACGAUAGUUGUUUAUAAAAUUAUAAGUUGUUUUUAGAGAGUAUUGCGAGACCUGCCCGUUUCUAACUCGUAGGCUACGAGUCGUAGUCAUAACGCGGUUCGCUUUGAAGGUGAGGACAGUCGUUAUUGGUAAAGAGAUAAAACUUUGGUCUCGCGUUUCAAACUAAGCACAGUGUGCUCAGUGCGAGUUUCUUAACGUUCUCGAUAGCGUAAAAGUUAAGCCAAAUUUGUAAGCAAUUGGAACAGCGCCUCUAGCGGCGAACGUAGGCAAACGAUCCCAUUACAUACAAAUAUGAGUUAACUUUUACGCGAUCGAGAACGUUAAAAAACUCGCAUUAAGCACACUGCUCGCUCAGUCGACUGCACGUCUAGCACCUUACGCCGCAAUAAAUAAAUAAAACUAUUGAAAUUAUAUAUAGGCUUGAACAUAAUAUAUUAAUGGAUGUUGUAAAUGCUUCGUGUAUCGUGUGCCGCGACUGACUGUAGUGUUUAUGACUGCUUGAACAUUUUGCGAGUGUACAGCGCAUGUACCAACCAAUAACACACUAAAGGAAUUGUUAAGGAAUUUGUCACAAUUAUAUUUUGACGUCUAUUUUAUUUUUCAAUACAUACAUAAAACAACAUGUUCUAACUUGAACUAGGCCCAGUUGAGAUGGGACAUUCGUUUGUUACAGAUUGUGUUGUAAUGUGAUUGGUUAAGUUGACAAUGCGCUUUGUUAUCGAUAUUUCUGUUCACAUCUGUAUGUCUGUUUGUGUGUCCCGUACCUGUACGCCGUAGACUGUAGUGACGCUUCAACUACAUUAUAUAUAUAUAGUUAAAGUUCUGUUACGUUUAAUGUAUUGUAAAUAAUUUAAUUAUUGUUAUGUAAAGAUUUUCCACUUUGUUUUAUGAUUCUCAUUUAAUAUAAUAUGUUUCAUAGUUGAGUUAGUACGAUUUGAAGAUUGGUUCUCAUCAGCAGAUUGAACUGCCUGACCACUUUAAUGAAUAAACAAUUAAAAUGUCCUCUAAAAUGUGUACUUCUUGUUCUGUUAUGACGUUAUUGUGUUAAAUUUAUUAUUAACGUUUUAUAUUAAGAUGACAUUGUGAAUCUCAUUAGUGAAACCAUUUUAGAUUAUUAGAACGAGCGUGUGACGCGCGAGUGCUAACUCGUCAAGUUACGAACUAACUGAACUCUAAUAUUGAUUUAAUAAAUAAGAACUUGGCAGAUCACAAGGAGCACCCCGAGCCGCCGCUUGAGUUAUAUACUCAUUUGUUCUGUAAAUAUAUAUUUUUUGUUCUGUAGUUAACACCAAUAUGUUUCGUUUAAUUCAGAAUUAAACUAACGGAAAUUACUUUGUGAAUGCUUGUUAAAUUGUACGAUAUGAUUCGUCGUUUUUUUAAAUUAAAUUCUUUAGUUGUUCAGUCUGUUGUGUAAAUACAAGUUAUUUUAUAUUCUGAGUUUUCUAAAAAUAUACUAUUAAUUGUGUUUUUAACAAAACAAAAUAAUACAGUGUGAUGCAAUACAUAAUUGAAAUAUUGUAUUCGUAAUUCUGCAUUUAUAAAAUAUUUUGGGUUUGGAUUUCUAAAUAUACCUAUGUUAAUUAAAUCUUUUAUUUUAUAGAUCCAGUGUUUGUUGUACAUUGGAAAAAAGGCUCUCUGUAAAUGUAAUUUUGUUAAGUUGUUUGGUAAGACAUAAACAGAUUUUCAGUAAAAUUGAAGUAUUAAGUGUCACAAUAAUUUCGAAAAUAAUGAAAAGUUUUCCUUUCCUUUCAUUAUACCGAUUAACAGCGCAGAGCUCGUAACCAUCAUCAGUACAUAUUUUAAAAGUUUUAUGAUUUUUAUGUUAUUAUAUGCAAUUCAAAUAGGUACAUUGAGAUUAGUAUGAAAUUUGGAAUCUUAUGUUGAUUUUUAUUGAAAUUUUCCAAAAUAUCGGAAAGUAUAAGCUAAAUCUGUAUUGUGACGAGUGUACGGCACGACGUGCCGAGGCGAAUAUUUUAAUAAAUCAGUUUAAAAUA